UUACUUGAACACUUCAACAAAAUUCAACAUUUACUGCCUAACUCAAUCAUUAAUUGCUUUAUAAAUUUGUACUAAUUAGAAUCAAAUGUAUCAUGUUCAUUAAUACUUCAACAUAAUAUCUCACUGUCUUUUGAGGAUAAUUCUUGAAAUUUCCCUUAUUCAAAACACUAUACAUAUAUAUAUCAUCUCUCUUUUGAAGAUUAUACCGCGAAUAUGAAACAUUUCAUUCAAUCAAUCUCUAAGGCAAUCUAGUCGAGUUCAAAUCAGAAACAAUGAAACAUGCUGCCAUUUCUGCCCCCAGGGCCUCAAAACUGACCAGAUAUGCUAGUGCAAGUAAUGCAUCAGUAGACUCAACUACAGAAAGCAAGAAAUGCUUCAAAGGGCAUGGUAUGUUGGCACCUUUCACAUCUGGGUGGCAAACAACCGAAUUAGGUCCAUUGGUGAUAGAUAAGUCUGAGGGUUGCUACGUGUAUGAUAUCGAUGGCAAUAAGUAUCUUGAUUCUCUUGCAGGCCUGUGGUGCAAUGCCUUAGGAGGAAAUGAAGCUCGACUUGUUGCUGCUGCGACUGCGCAGUUGAAUAAAUUGCCGUUCUAUCAUUCUUUCUGGAAUAAAACUACCAAAGUGUCUUUAGAUCUUGCUGAGGAGCUUUUACAGACUUUUACAGCACGAAAAAUGGCAAAAGCCUUUUUUGUAAAUAGUGGAUCAGAAGCUAAUGAUACUCAGGUGAAGCUGGUUUGGUACUACAACAAUGCCCUUGGAAGACCUAAGAAGAAAAAAAUUAUUGCUCGAAUGAAUUCAUACCAUGGUACUACUCUUGUAGCUGCUAGCUUAUCAGGGCUUCCUCCAAUGCAUCAGCAAUUUGAUUUGCCAGCUCCUUUUACUUUGCACACUGAUUGUCCUCAUUAUUGGCGGUAUCAUCUUCCAGGUGAAACGGAGGAGGAGUUUGCAACCAGAUUGGCAGAUAAUCUAGAAAAUCUUAUCCUCAAAGAAGGACCAGAGACGAUUGCUGCAUUUAUUGCUGAGCCUGUCAUUGGAGCAGGCGGUGUAAUACCUCCCCCAGCAACAUACUUUGACAAGGUUCAAGCAGUACUGAAGAAAUAUGACAUCCUCUUUAUUGUGGAUGAGGUUAUCUGUGCAUUCGGAAGACUUGGAGAAAUGUUUGGUUCUGAUAAAUACAACCUUAAACCAGACAUGGUUUCCAUGGCCAAGGCUCUAUCUUCAGCUUACAUUCCUAUUGGAGCCAUUCUUAUAAGCCCUGAAAUCUCAGAAGUUAUCUAUUCUGAAAGCAACAAACUUGGUUCCUUUUUCCAUGGAUUUACGUAUUCUGGGCACCCGGUCUCAUGUGCUGUUGCACUUGAAUCAUUGAAGUUGUACAAGGAAAGAAAUAUUGUUGAGCGAGUAAGAAACCUUGCACCAAAAUUUCAGGACGGAAUGAGAAUUUUUGCUGACAGUCCUAUCAUUGGGGAGAUAAGAGGAACUGGCUUAAUUCUUGCAGUUGAAUUCACUGACAAUAAGUCACCAAACAAUCCAUUUCCUUCUGAAUGGGGAAUAGGUACAUAUUUCGCGACACAAUGUCAGAAAUACGGUAUGAUAGUUCGUGAGGCCGUUGAUAAUGUUAUGCUAUGCCCUCCACUAAUCAUCUCUGAGGAAGAAAUUGAUGAGUUAAUUAGCACAUUUGGAAAAGCACUUAAGGAUACUGAGGAUAGAGUGAAGGAACUCAAAGCUCAGAAGCAGUCUAAUUGAUUAAAAAUGAACUACUUUCAAGUUUCAACUCAGAAGAAUUGAAGGUGGCCUAGAAUUGGCCUUGUAAUCAUUAUUGUAACAACAAUAUAUAAAAGCAUCAUUUCCCCUUUAAUUAUCCUUUUUUACUGGUCUCGUCUAGAGUUAAUAGUUGCAUAAAAUCCAUUAUUUGAAAUAAUUGCAAUUUUUUUUAUGUAUAGCGUAGUACAUUAGUAACUUUACUGAAGGAUUGAAGAUCAGGGUCUCUUUGUAAAAUCCUAUUAUAUCUUUAAUGUUGAGAGAUAAGAACAACGAGAAAAUAAAUUCUAAAUAGAGGAACUAAUUAGUUUGGUAUUAAGACUAUUAACCCAAAA